AUGCCGUUUGCUACGAGGAACGCGUACUAUCUUCGAAUAUCUGCUACAACAGUUCUACCGCUUUAUAUAUACCUGGACGAGAGACACGUGGAAUGGAUGUCGGACCGCGUGCUUCAGCACGUCCUUGCUGACUUGCGUCCGCUAAUUAUCCCCAAGCUGAACGCGGAGGCCGAUGCCCAGCUCGGCUCUGGUUCAGCGGCCUCGAAACGCGGUACUUUGGACGUGCACCGGGGAGACACUUAUCAGUUUGGGUACUUCCUCCGCGGGACAGAGCCGCACGCAGUCUUGGUCAAAUCUAGGCUUUUUACCGCCGCCCCACCUGUUCAAAGGCGGACUGCGCUACCACCACCACAGCCGGAGACCAACAAAGCGACCUCGAGCAAGGGACAGAGGGCCAGGAAGGCGGCCGCGCAGAAGGCGGGCCAGAAGCGGAAACCGAAACCUCGUCCGAAGGGCAAGGGGAAAGCCCGAGCCGUUGAGGACGAAGAGGACGCCAUCUCGAUCUCGAGCGAGGGGGACGAUGCAGGAAAUGACGUCCCCGCGGAGACGAUGGCUUCCAGGAGACCCAAACGCACAAAGACCGUCGCGGACGGCGGGUACCGGGAACAAGACGAGGAUGAGGACAUGGCCGACGUCGACGCCACUCCCGAAGCUGGGGAUAACUUUGCUCCUCAGGACGACACGGCCCCCAUCGUCCCGAAGCGAGAGGAGACGGAGCCUUCCCUCUCCGACCUCCCCGCUCCCCCACAAUCCACGACAGUAGAGGAUAUCGACGACGACCCGCAGCCACCCUCAGCGAUGGACGUCGAGCUCAUCGACGACGAGGAAGAGCCGAAGCCGAAGCCGGUCCUCAAGCUCGCCUACCACGGCUUCACGAUCCAUGGCCGCUGCCUCUGCGUCAUCGUCGAGCCCUGGCCUCCCGUGCGCGCUGGCACUCGCGCACCCUCGGUCGCUCCGUCUAGUGCGCCCCGUGCGUCUAGCAUUGCACCGCCCGAGUUCGUGGCAAGCGUGGAGGCGCGGCGCGAGCGCACGCCGCUGUUCCUGCCGGAGUACGACAAGGAGCCGACGCCCGCGCCGUCUGGUAGUGGCUCGGGCGCGGGCAGGGUGCUGCCGCCUGUACCGCUGUUCGGCGAGGAGCCGAGCGACGAGGAGGAAGGGGACAUGGUGCUGUUCAGUCAGAUACUGAGGUCGGCGGGGGAGCACCCUCCUGGCAUCGCGGAGGACGAUGAUGAGAUUGAUGGCGCCGUGUUCUUUGGGGACGCGGACGAGAUGAGAGAACUGGGAUAA